AUGGUUGGGUUGGUGUCAGCAGCUGGUCUCGUCGGCUUCUUGUCCGAGCCAGAUCCGGAGCUACGAAGCUUCGCGUUGAAGCAGCUAGACAGCCAGGUUGAUUUGCUAUGGACCGAAAUCGCCAACUCGGUGGGUGAGAUAGAGGCCCUGUACGAAGAUGAAUCCUUCCCGGAGCGCGAGCUCGCCGCGAUCGUCGCAUCCAAAGUGUACUACCACCUCCAAGAAUAUAAUGAAAGUAUGGCCUUUGCUCUCGGUGCCGGCAAGCAUUUCAGGUUGGAUCAGCCUGGGGAGUAUGAAGAUACCAUCAUCUCCAAAUGUGUAGAUACCUUCAUCGCCCUAUCCGCAACCCACGAUCCCACGCUGGCCGCUGCCAGUGCCGGAGCACAGCCUCAGCUCGAUACCGCCUUUGGCCAGGGAGGAGACGGUGCUGCCAGCACGUCAGCAAGCCAGAUCUCUCCUGUCACGCCGUUCUCGCAGUCCGUUCUACCUUCAAAAUCCCUCUUGUCGAGACAAAAUACCACCGCCUUCGACCCUACUGAAGCCGGUGCUGAAGUCGGGCAAACGGGUACUCCUGAAGCUGUGAUCCAACAACGUGGUCUUCAGAAAGCAUUGACUCGUAUCAUCGAAACUCUUUUCGAGAGAUGCUUCCAGGAGAAGCGAUACCGUCAAGUCGUGGGCAUCGCUUUGGAAGCCCGAAACCUUGACAUUCUGCGUCGCGUCAUCAAACGGGCAUCCGAAGACGAACGUAAGGAGAAUGGCGAGGCCACCAAGCAGGGCGAAGAGUUGAUGGAAUACAUUCUCGACAUCUGCAUGAGCGUCGUCCAAGAGCGAGGCUUACGCAACGAAAUUCUCAAACUCAUCUUGGAACUGCUCAAUGAAAUCCCAUCACCGGACUACUUUGCCAUUGCAAAAUGCGUGGUAUACUUGGAUCAACAUUCUAUGGCUUCAAACAUGCUUCGGCAAUUGGUUGAGAAGGGUGAUGAUCGCUCUUUGGCCGUCGCCUAUCAAGUCUCGUUCGAUUUGUACGACAAUAGCACGCAAGAAUUCCUCCAAAAAGUACGAGAAGAGCUCUCUGAAAUCAUUCCGCAGGAGGCAAACGCCGGAGCAGAUGCCCAAGAUGCCGACACCAUGGAAGCCGACGCGCAAGGUAAAGCGGAAGACCAACUACAGCAGGAGUUACAAGAUUCUGCCGGUGCCCCUGCGCCUUCAGGGAGUUCGAAGUUGUCCAAACCUGAAGAACAGCAAGCAGUGAGGAAGAUCAUGAGCAUACUCGAUGGACUCACCUCGACACAUCUGAACAUCGAAUUCCUCCACAAAUCCAACCGGGUCGACCACACCAUCCUGAACAAAGUGAAGGAGAGUCUGGAGCCACGGUAUUCCAUCUACCAUACAGCCGUCACGCUUUCCGCGGGUUUCAUGCACGCUAAAACGGCCAACGACACCUUUUUCAGACAGAAUUUGGAAUGGUUGGGCAAGGCGGUCAAUUGGUCCAAAUUCACUGCAACUGCGGUUUUCGGUGUGAUCCACCAGGGUAACAUCAAUCAAGUGCAAAGACUGUUGAGCCCGUAUCUACCCAAAGCCGGCGGCGUUGGCUCUCAUGAUUCUCCUUACAGCCAAGGAGGAUCUUUGUUUGCGUAUGGACUGCUUUGUGCCAAUCACAAGGGCAAGGCUGUGGACUUCAUACGAGAAAAAUUCAAGGAGGCAACCGAGGAAGUCGUCCAACACGGUGGUGCACUUGGUUUGGGUGUGGCUGGAAUGGCUUCCGGCGAUGAAGCUGUCUUCGAAGAUCUUCGAAACGUCCUUUGGAGCGAUUCCGCAAUCAAUGGCGAAGCCGUCGGUUUGGCCAUGGGUCUCGUCAUGCUUGGUUCCGGGAACACCAAGGUCUUGUCGGACAUGAUCCAGCACGCACAUGACACUCAACACGAGAAGAUUGUCCGAGGCCUUGCCGUCGGUAUGGCUUUGAUCAUGUAUGGCCGCCAAGAAGGUGCCGACGAACUUAUUCAAGGUUUAUUGAACGACACCGACCCGACCAUGCGAUACGGCGGCAUUUUGACCAUUGCCAUGGCGUAUGUUGGCACCGGAAGCAACAAAGCCGUUCGGAAACUCCUACACGUUGCUGUCAGCGAUGUCAGCGACGACGUUCGCCGCAUUGCUGUGCUCAGCUUGGGCUUCAUACUAUUCCGAAAACACAGUAGUGUACCAAGGAUGGUGGAGCUUCUCGCAGAAUCUUACAAUCCUCAUGUUAGAUAUGGUGCGGCCAUGGCAUUGGGUAUCUCUUGUGCGGGAACCGGUCUUGACGAGGCCAUUGACCUCCUCGAGCCCAUGUUGAAGGACCCUACUGACUUUGUCCGUCAAGGAGCGCUGAUUGCCCUUGCCAUGGUUUUGAUACAGCAGACGGAAGCCAUGAACCCAAAGGUCGGCACCAUUCGCAAGCAGAUGCUCAAGAUCAUUGCGGAUCGUCAUGAGGACGCCAUGUGCAAGUUCGGUUGUGCUCUGGCCAUGGGUAUCCUUGAUGCUGGUGGUCGGAAUUGCACAAUCAGUCUGCAGACCCAAACGGGUAACCUGAACAUGCUCGGUAUUGUGGGUGUUGUCGUCUUCACCCAAUACUGGUACUGGUUCCCUCUUGCCCAUUUCUUUUCAUUGUCGUUGACACCUACCGCUGUCAUCGGCAUUGACCAGAAGUUGGAGGCGCCAGUGUUCAAAUUCCACUGCAACACCCGGCCAAGCCUGUUUGACUAUCCUCCCGAACAGCAGGUCAAAGCAGAUGAGGCUCCUGAGAAGGUCAAGACUGCCGUGUUGAGUACCACUGCCCAAGCGAAGAGACGAGCCGCUCGAAAAGAGAAGCAACAGCGACGGGACAGCAUGGACGUCGAUACAGUCACCCCUGUAACCCCGAAGAUCGACAAGGGUGAUAAGAUGGACACCGAUGAGGCGGUCGCCAAAGAAGACGAUGGCAAGAAGAAGGAAGAAGGAGACAAGAAAGAAGGCGAAGCUCCCGAGGUCAAGAAGAAGGGAGAGAAGGAGAAGGUCGGAUACGACAUCAGCAACAUGUCCCGAGUACUGCCAGCACAACUCAAGUACCUGACCUUCCCGGACCGACGGUACCAACCUGUCAAGAAACCGACCGGUGGUGUUAUGGUGGUUCUCGAUACCGAACCGGACAAGGAGCGCGAAACCAUCCCUCUGACCGUCAGCAAGGUCGAACCUGUGGCCGCGGCUGCGACGUCAGCGGGCAAUGCCCUCGGAUCUGGGGCGCAACAAGCACCACAAACCCCGGCGGGACAGACGAUGGCAGCAACCGGAGCUGGAGCUGCCGCCGCGGCUGGCGUGUUGACUGCCAUUGACGAGGAUGAAGAGGGUGCCGAGGAAGCGCCAGUGCCGCAUGAGUUCGACUAUGAGACUGACACGGAGGCAGAGGGUGGAGACAACAACGAGUAG